AUGACUAGUAAUUGUAUUGAGUACAAGAACCAAUUCUACAAGUGUCUUGCUGUUAGUGGUCGUGACGUGUCUAAGUGUGAGGAAACACAAAUAGCUUUGGAACAAUGUUCGGAGAGAUUUAACGAGAAUUAUUGUGUAAAGGAAAUGGUUAACUUACUCAACUGUUCUAGAAACCCGGGAUCCGAUGUAUGUGCUAAGGAAUUUAUUACUAUGAGAGAAUGCAAUCGCCCUUACGGCCCUCAUAUAAUAAUUGAAGACGAUCACUAUAAAUUAACCCCUAACGCUGAAAAAAAGUAUAAUGUUGUGGGUAAUGUUAUAUGCCCGGUUAAUCCACCGGAUAGGAGUUAUGAGAAUAUCAAGGGAGCUAUCGCUAAACUUAAGUCAUCACUGGGAUUUUCAAAUUUUACUGAAAAUUUUACACCGCAAAUUAAAUCUUGA